AUUGCUCAAGAACCACAUUCCAAUGCCUUUGCUCCUGCUUCGAAUCUCCACCUGGAACCUGCAUUUCAUCGAAUACAUGUUCUUUGCCUCAGUCUGGGCGUGAACUCCUCCGAAUAAACGCGUUUUCAUAACAGCCAAUGCAUUACAACACACCAUCAUAAGCUCACUUCAUCGGUACUGGCACAUGACCACACACAUCUCUGGAACCAAUCUUCCCUAUCAUAAUGUCUUCCUCACAGCCAGCCCCGCGCCCAGGUGGCUACAUCGACCCCAACUUUCCGAAUCCCAUGGGGGAGGGUGAUGCGACUAUCAUCAUCUACGGGUACACGCCGUCGCUGGCGGUUGGUGUCCUAGGUGUUGUGUUGUUUGUUCUUGCUGGGAUUGCGCAUGCAGUUGCGUUGGUGAGAUGGCGCACGUGGUAUUUUUCCACGGUCCUAGUGGGGACUGCAUUUGUAAGUCUGAAGUUUUCUUUGCUCUGUGUUUGGGGUUUAGGGAGAUGGGGAAUAGGGUUAAGGUGGUGGUGGUGGUGUGGUUGGUUCAGGAUCUAG